AUGUCCCGGCCGCUUCCCAUCUGGCGUUGUCUCUCGCAGAGAUGGGACAAGCAAAAGGAGACUUGUCUCGAGGCUACACCGCAUGACGCUGUACAUGGCAAUGUUUGGAGGGCCGGUCUUCCUUUGUACAUCAGGCCUUAUGAAGACAGUGAACUAGUUGUGCGUCUGAUAGUCCGUUUGCGCCUCUGUACGCCGUUUCUCUCCAACACUGGGCCGGGAGUGGACUGCCUCCAUGUUUCGGGCCACGACAGUGAAAUUCCCGAGACUGUUGGUGCCAGUGUCUGA